AGUAGUCAUACUACAUUCAAGUUGGAUUCAUCCGCAAAGUUUGGUCUAUAAUUUAAAUAUACAGAAUAUUGUAUUUAAAUAAAGUGGCGUUAGAAUGAGUUUCAGUGGUAAAGUAGUUCUUAUAACCGGUGCAAGUUCUGGAAUUGGUGCGGAUGCAGCUCAUCAUUUAGCAAGCAAAGGUGCAAGUGUUUCAAUUGUUGGCAGAAAUGAGAAGCGAUUAAAUGAAGUCGCUAAAGAAAUUAGCAAAGCUGGUCAUCCAACGCCGCUUGCGAUCGUAGCCGAUGUGACCAAAGAUGCUGAACGCAUUAUUAAUGAAACAAUCAAACAUUUCGGUAAAUUGGACGUUUUGGUGAAUAAUGCCGGAAUUUUUGGUUCAGACACUGUAACUGGAUUUGAUGUAAAUGGAUUUGAUCGUAUGUUGAAUACCAAUUUAAAAAGCGUGAUCGUGAUAACUAAUUUGGCCAUUCCGCAUCUUGAAAAAACUAAAGGCAAUGUCGUGAACGUGUCCAGUGUGGCUGGAUUAAAAGCAUUUGGUUCUUUCAUGACAUAUUGCAUUUCAAAGAGUGGUCUUGAUCAGUUUACCAAGUGUGCAGCUCUAGAUUUAGCUUCGAAGAAUAUCAGAGUUAACAGUGUGAACCCGGCCACUAUCAGAACUCCGCUUUUUGCAGCGAUUGGAAUUGACAAAUCGAAUGAAGCUCAAUUUUACGAAGAUCAAGCGAAAAUUUAUUUAGUCAAAAGAGUUGGUGAAGUAAGCGAUACUUCAUCUGCUAUCGCUUACUUGGCUUCAGAGUCGUUCAUAAAUGGAACAUGUCUUCCCGUCGAUGGUGGCUGUUUACUUGGAACAAAUGAAAACUUUUAGAAUAUGAACUAUGACAUAGAUGAUGACGUAAAAUUUUUUAGGAGGGGGGGUGAUGGCGAAAUUCCGUAGGGGGAACUGACGAUGUCAACAAUUUGUCGGAAAUGAGGAUAAAAUCGUUUUUUUUUUUGCUCUUCCCUUUUUUUCCAAAAACCUAGCAAAUCGAAAGAAUUUUCUCGGCCA